AUGGAAGGUGUCUUCAGAAAAGUAAUUGCCAUCAUUAUAUCUACAGCUGCAUCGACAGUAUACUCUUCGAAAACUAUAACUUUCGUCCCUGUCGGUGAAAAUGUCAAUGACGUAGCAUUUGACACAGUUCUUCACAUUCUCAUGCGCGAGUUCGGUGUACGAGUCAAAUAUCUACCCACCUUCUCGGAUAGAUGUGAAAUAUACAAGCAGUUGUCGAGGAAAUAUGUCCCUGUGCCAGGCCAAUCAAUGCUCUUCUUCAUAUCAGUUGACGAAACUCGACCUACUUGCAAAGAAGACGGUGGCAACGUACUUGUUGUACGGAUGUAUAAUAUAUCUGACAGCCACGCUGUUCACUUGUUCAAAUACGGUGAAAUGAAGAAAAACAAAGAAAGUGACGUCAUUGGCACUACAUACGAUAUUAUUGAACAUUUACAUCGGGUGACCACGGUCUCCUCUGACUUAUUCGUUCCUCACUAUGAAACUGGAUUAUUGAAGGUUGGGAAAGUCAAAUCAGGGAUACCUAUUCCUGGAUAUCUUGCGCUGGCAUUCUCCCUUGGAACAGUUCUUGCAUUCGCCAUUCUGGUGAGAGUAUGGGUGAAUUACCGCAAGAAGAGCACAAAAUUUCCUGUUAAAUCCAUCGACGUCACUUCAUCAAGGAAAACGUCAAAACGCCGUAAGGACGAACGGUUCGGUUCACGUCCGGAAAAAAGAAAAAAAAGAAAAGAGAGGAACACUUCAAAAAAGCAACUAAAUGAACUCCCCUCAGAACCAUGGACAGACUUCAGUAAAGGUAUGUCAAAAGAAACGUGGGAAGAACUUGCUUCUGUUAUAUCCAGGAGACGUAAUCUUGAAGAAGUUUUGGAAAAUCCUGUCAAUGCAUCAGAAUUUCUUUUUUAUCUUCACCGAUUGACGCGUUUAGCUAUUGAAUAUUUCGAUGAUCCUUCAGCGUUCAAUGUAACAGCGGAUCUAAGUCCCGGUUUUCUAUACCGAACAAUGCCAAGGUUUGCUCCUGCGAAUCCAGAACCGUUCACCGCCAUUUGCGAGGAUCUGAAGAGAAAAAUUCUUCCUGGCAUGACACACUGGCAACAUCCACGAUUUUACGCUUAUUUUCCUGCAGGUCGUCGAUACCCAGACGUCUUAGCAGAAAUAGUCACUUCAGCUAUGGCAUUCAACGUGUUUUCUUGGGAGAGCUGCCCCAGUUUAAAUGAGCUAGAGCACGCAAUUGUGAACUGGGUUGGAAGAGCAUUCGGAUUACCGGAAGCGUUCCUCUUUCAAGAAAGCCUUCAAAAAAGCACGGGCGGUGGAAGCAUAGUAGGUAGCGCAUCUGAUGCUAUCUUCUGUUCAGUGAUGGUUUCAAGGAAAUGGAAGAUAAACAUGGUUAAAGCACAACAAACAAGCUCAGGAAUUUCUGAGUAUGAAACCACGCAUGAUAUAGUUAAGAAACUGGUGGUGUACUGCAGCAAGGACGCACACUCAGGAAUUGAAAAAGCAUGUAAAGUCGCUAUGGUGCGCUGUAGACCAAUACAACCUUUGGAGGAGAAUGGAUGGGGAAUAACUGGUGCUCAACUCGAAAAGCACAUUUUAAAGGACAUGAAGAACGGUCUCAUUCCUACUCACAUCCAUUGCACUCUCGGAACAUCUGCUACUGCCGCUGAUGAUCAUCUAGACAGCAUUUGGCCAAUCGCUGAAAAAUAUGGGCUGUGGAUUCACUGCGAUGCAUCAUAUUCGGGAAAUGCUUGGAUUGACGAGAAGUUCAGAACAAAUGCCACUGCUGUUGCACAUGCCCACUCAAUAAAUGUCAACCUUCACAAGUUCCUUUUGUUUUCCGGAAUGACUUGUCUUGUUUGGACACGAGAACGCAAAUUUUACAAGGAUCCUUUCACUACACCUUCCUUCCAGAAGUUACCUCUACAAGAUACUACCGAUAUGCGCGAUUGGGGCAUACAUGUAAGUCGUAGGAACAAGGCGUUGAAAAUAUGGAUGUCUAUACGCUUGAAUGGCUUGAAAGGACUACGCUAUCAUCUUAAUAAUUCAGUAGAAAUGUGCACGUAUUUCGAAUCUAUGGUAGCUAAGCAUCCUAAUCUGAAAAUUUUCUCGAGGAAGCUUGCUCUCUUCACUUUCUAUUACGAGGAACCCGGAAACAGUAAGGAAGAAAAUAACAAAUACACCGAAGAUUUGUGUCAGUUCAUAAAUCAAUCUCACAUGCUUUUUCUUGCUCACACUAAGGUGCACGACAUUAACCUAAUUCGCGUGUCAAUUUCUUAUGAACGCAUCAACAGAUCCGUGAUUGAAGAAUCUUGGAACAUCUUGAGAAAUUUAGUGGAUGAAUUUACUAAGAGAAAAAACGACCCAUACCUACUACAGACAAAAAUGGUGACUCCUGCACCUCGUUACACAAGACCUAUUCGUCCAAGUCUCGUGGACUAUGCAGCAAUAUCUCCACAUCCUUUGUCCCCCCAUCCCCAACUUUCUACGGGCACCACUGUUCCAUCCAACACAGCAUCUCAACAGAUGUGA